AUGAGCGCUUCUGAGAUUCCUGGUCCAGCUGCUGAUGUCACGGCAAAAGUAAAGAAACCGGGCUACACGAACCCUGCUUUCAAAGCGAUGGGUAUUCCUCCUUUGCGCGUCCCAUCGCGUAACUGGAUGAUCUUUUGGACAGUGCUAACGGUAUCAAUAUCAGGUAUUGUGUACGACAAAAGACAGCAAAAGAAGAUCACGGAAAAGUGGUGCAAAGCCGUCGAGCCUCUUUCUCGGGGAAAAUUAGAUGUCAACGAAAAGCCAAGGAAAAUAACCGUUUUUGUUGCCCCCCCGCCUAGUGACUAUCUGGACACUAGUAUGACCGUAUGGAGGCGAUUUGUGAAACCGGUUUUAUUCUCAAGCGGGCUAGACUACGAAGUCUUCACUGAAGAGAAACAAGGUUUAAUCAGAGCAGAAGUUGCAGAACGCAUACGAGAGCUGAGAAGAAAUCUGCUUCAACAAGAGACCGAAUUGAAGCGACUAGAGGGCGAACGCAAACUAUGGAGUCGAUGUAAGAACGCAUUCUCCAAGGGCAUAAACUCAAUGAGGGCAACUAAGGAAAUUGAUGAGGAACAGGAAAAGCUGCUAGCUCUGAAAUUCAAGGCAGAGUUCGACUUAAAAAAUUUGCUUGGCGUCUUUUUGAAAAAUCCAGACCGAGACUUGAAAGUCGUGAGCCGGGAUGCUCUCGUUUCAGACCCAGUCAUGGCCGGCGGUGUCAUUUGCAUUGGUCGUGGAGCGUACAAGGAAUACAUCAAUGGCAUCCACGAGGGAAUUUUGGGCCCAUUGGACCCACCAAAGAAACCGGAGCCAGUAAUUACGGAAGUUGAAAAUCAAGGUCUUGAGACCUCGGAAACUAACGGUACAAGCGACAAGGACCAAAGUCCUCAGGAGAGCUUUGUUGAGAUCGCCGAAGACAGCACCGAAAAGACUGUUCCAACGAAUAGCGAGAACACGAAUGAAGCACCAACAAAUAGCGAGGAGACCACUGAAGUACCAAAACCGGUAAUAAGUCCUUACAUCUCUCCGAGUGAGUACGGUGAAGCCAAGUUUCCACGUGAGCUCACCACCUCAAAGAUCAUCAGGGAGCUGGACACACAAAUUCCUGCUAUCUUCCAUCAACCAAUUCUAGUUUUACCAAUGCACAGUUUGAGUGGCUUUCUCAACAUUCCAGAGCGUAUUUACCGCUUUUACCGGAAGCGGUACGAGGCAGACGCUUUCUGCAGAGCAACUGCGAGUUGCGUGUUACAAAAAGCGAGGUCAUUUGAGCCCACAAUUGAUCUUGAUCUAGCCCUAGCUGAAGAAGCUGACUGGCCUGAAAAAUGGGUCAAGCAAGGAAAAGAAAAAGGUAGCGAGUGGGUGAGCGAAGUACGAGGAGAUGAGAGAGUGCUUAAAUUGCUGCAUGUUUUCGAGCCCUCCACGAUUGAAGACUAG